AUGUCUGCUACGACCAAGCACUCUACUUCUGAGCAACACCCAACAGAUUCCGACACUGCUUUAAUCACUGGAUAUCCUUGGAUCGACAUCUAUGGCGAAUGCGACAUGAAGUUCUUUUUAUUCCCGCCAGCAGACCGCAUAGACCAGGACGGAAUGAUCCAUCCCCCAGCCUCGGUGAUAAAUUUCCCUCCGUACGACAGACUUCCUGUCAUGUUGGUUGGGUCUGCCAUGGAGUCCGCCUCAAGGCCACCUGUGCUGCAUUGUGGGUGGGUCGCAAAUGAGGAGAUGCUCUUGCAGUACGCCAGAGACCACAGAUUACCUGUCUUCAAGCAUUCACCGUUCCAGAAUAUGCUUGUGGACUCGAGCUCCCACGACGGAUCGACUGGCAAUAAGUCUGACAACGUUGACGUGUCACGGUCGCUCACUGCGGAUGAUUUUGAUCCUAAAAGCGGCCCGACGAUGACAUACACGAUGCUCCUUAGAGAUGCUCUCUUUUGCAUGAUCGAAGAGCUCAACUCCAAGUCACCUUGGCCCAUUAACAUUUCCAGCGUUGUGCACUCCUCAGCGCCAGGUGGCCCACACAUAAUUUCGUUGUUUACCAAUCACGAUUUCGCGGAGGCGCCCUCAGCUAGCAUGGUGGAAGCACUUCGCCUCCGGCUGGGCGAACCAGAACAACCAAAGUGGUAUCUGAGUCAUACUCGUUGGAAGUGGGCUCCUGCCGACGUACCAGCGCCAUAUCGCCGUUGA